AGAAGGUGAAAACGGAGUUAAGCAGAGAGGGCAUUUAAUGGAAGUUCGAAACAAAACAUGUCAGGAAGGAUGAACCGAUGGGACUGGUGUUUUCAGAUUUCAUUGGCCAUAUUAUUUGGAUCCUUGGCCAAUACAACACAUGGUUAUAACGAGACGAUUAUAGCACCAUGGGGAGGGAUAGACGUCAACUCACCAGGAUUCAUAUACGGCCUCUUAUACGCACCGAACACGAACUACGAUUACCUCAUCGAGACAAGCUAUCCGUACCAAAACGUUGUUAUUGAUGUGAUUGACUGUGAGAUGGAACAUGAUAAGAACGAUAACUGCUUGUACGACAAGCUGAGGAUAUACGACGGCAACAGCAGCUCUGAUCCGCUGAUAGCAGAAUUCUGCUGUCUUGAUCCGGCAAAUCUUCCAUCCUUCUCCACAACUGGUAAUACGUCAUAUCUCCUCUUUACUACGGAUGGGACGAAUGAAUUCAAAGGCUUCAAAAUUCGGGCUCGUUCGAACGGGGCAACAACUACUACGACUUCAACAACUUCGACAACAACAAAUUCCACCAGCACUAGUUUUGGCGAGACGCUAACAGCAUCGUGUGGAGGGACAUACAUCAACUCACCAGGAUUUAUAUACGGCCUCUCAUACUCACCGAACACGACCUACGAUUAUCUGGUCGAGACAAGUUAUCCAAACCAAAUCGUUGUUAUGGAAGUGAUUGACUGUGAGAUGGAAUCAGAUAAGAACGGCGACUGCUUGUACGACAAACUGAGGAUAUACGAUGGGAUCAGCAGCUCGGAUCCGUUGAUAGCAGUGUUCUGCUGUGCUGAUCCGGCAAACCUCACGACCUUCUCCACAACUGGUAACACAUCAUAUCUUCUCUUUACUUCGGAUGGGACGAAUCAGUACAAAGGCUUCCGAAUUCUUGCCCGUUCGAAGGAGGCAACAACUUUGACAACAACUAGUACCACUAGAAUUAGUUACAACGAGACGCUAACAGCAUCGUGUGGAGGGACUUACAUCAACUCACCAGGAUUUGCAUACGGCCUCUCAUACUCACCGAACACGACCUACGAUUAUCUGGUCGAGACAAGUUAUCCAAACCAAAUCGUUGUUAUGGAAGUGAUUGACUGUGAGAUGGAAUCAGAUAAGAACGGCGACUGCUUGUACGACAAACUGAGGAUAUACGAUGGGAUCAGCAGCUCGGAUCCGUUGAUAGCAGUGUUCUGCUGUGCUGAUCCGGCAAACCUCACGACCUUCUCCACAACUGGUAACACGUCAUAUCUUCUCUUUACUUCGGAUGGGACGAAUCAGUACAAAGGCUUCCGAAUUCUUGCCCGUUCGAAGGAGGCAACAACUUUGACAACAACAAGUACCACUAGAAUUAGUUACAAUGAGACGCUAACAGCAUCGUGGGGAGGGACCUACAUCACAUCACCAGGAUAUAUGUAUGGCCUCCAAUACUUACCGAACACGACCUAUGAUUACCUGGUCAAGGCGAGCUACCCAGGCCACAAUGUUGUUAUGGAGGUGAUUGAUUGUGCUAUGGAACACGAUAAGAACGGCGACUGCUUGUACGAUAAGCUGAGGAUAUACGAUGGUAAUCUAUCUUGGUUCGAUAUGAAAAGCAGUGUUUAA